AUGUCGCAGCACUUCCAGCCCGCAGGGACACCUCAACCAACUCGAGUACCAGGGAGCUUUUCACCCAUGGUUGCGCAAUCAGCCUCCUCGCGACCUCCUCUGCGACGAGUGGAAUCCUCAUCUUCUGAAGACUCAACACCUCUCACCAUCAAUAAACCUAGAACGGCAGCUCCUGUACGACUGCAGAAUGCGCCGACCCCUCCACGCCCAUUGUACGCCUCCAACGCAAACUCCAGUACGAGCAGCCUGCAGAACUUCUCUCGUCCUACAAUCAAUACCGUACAGGCCAGAUCCGACCUACCGCUGAGAAAUGCAUCCCCGUUGAGUACUGCGCCCAAGACUUCCAUCAGCGACCACUACCGCGGCGGGCACGGGAGGAAACAUUCCCAGACCCAAGGGUCUUUCGAACCGUAUCUACCUACAGCUGCCGCAUCGAACUUGGGUAGUAUGGCAAACCUUAAUACUGGACUGAGCGCGAGCCAAAUCGCUGCCCAAGCCGCGAUGCAGCAUCAAACACACACUAGACAACGCUCUCAAACAGUCCCCACUCCCCAAGCGGAUGCUGCAUCGAACAAUUCUGGAAGUCGAAGACCAUCAAGAGGGCCGACGAGUCCUCCUCUGCUGAGUCUCACUGAAGCGUCGGGUCCAAGAGAGAAUAGCUUUGGAGGUCAAAUAUAUCAGAAUGGAUUGCUGGGAGGAUCUCAUGGAAACGCUGCUCAAACGGCUGCCAAUUUAGUAUUUCCCAAGUCUCCGAAUACCUCACCAGGACUUCCGCCAUCAGACCACGAUUCACAACUUCGCAUGCAACCGGACAAACCAAUUAAGACAGAGAAAUCCAAAGUUAAGCUGUUCUCCCGGCCUGGCAAAAUAGGAAUAAGUAAAGAUAAAGAGGCAAAAGCCGGCGCGCUGCCCAGUCCUAGUAAGAUGGCCUCAUACACACUAGCGUCCCUCCAGCGAAACAAUUUUAGUACCAACAGUUUAGCAGAUAGCAUGUCGAGCGCAGCAAGUAUGUACAGCAUGGCGAACUCCUCCUCGGCCACGAUUCGGGCAGUUGAUACUCCACCGGAAAAGGACAAAGAGAAGAAGCACCACUUCUUAUCGAGACAGAAGCAUAAAUUGAGCAGUAAAGAAGAUCACCAUCUCCCACUAUCCUCAGCUGCGAGCAACUCGAAACCAGUCGAUCCAAGUGCACCAAGCAGUCUAUACAAUUUCAGUCUGCCACCGAGUCCAGGUCCCACAAGUACAAGUUUUGCGAAGAGUAUGAGUGGAUUGGAUUUGAGGCAUGGAGGCAGGGCAUUGAGGGAGAAGAAAAAAGAAGAGAAGUCAGAUGCUUUGAGGGAGAGUGAGCUUUCGUACCAGAACAGUAAUGACUGGCCAGGUCCAUCCAGUCUAGGCUCUGCAGGCGGAGCUUCCUAUCUUGGAUCAGGUGCUGGGAGUUAUGGAUACCCUUCUAGUAUAUAUGGUGCUGAAGGAGCAGAUUUGAGCAAGUAUGGAUUGAAUAAUAUGGGUGUUGAUGAUGCUUGGCCGUUUUUGAAGGCAAAGUUACUGGUGAUCUUUGAGGGAGAGGAUCUCAGAUUGCCGGUCGAGGAGCUCAAUCGGCUUGUCACAACUCAUAUCCAACGUUGCAUACAAAAGCGCGCCCCCAGUAUCAUUGUCGAGGAUCUUCGAGAUCUCCUUGCCACAGGUUUCAGUUCUCUCGACCAAAUGCUACAUCGCACACCCGAUGAUCGUCUUAUUCCACACUUAGUAGAGAUGUGGCUCUUUACAUUUACCUCUAUUCUACCAUAUAUGCAGGCCGUCUUUCUUCCCCUGGACUUGGAAUUCUCGGGUCAUGGACCACUCAUGACAUCCGAGCAGGCCCGUGACUUCUGGGGUGCUUUACCAUCUUCUUCGAAAGAUUUGAAUGGCAACAUUCCCGCAAGUCAAGCCCUCGAGGUUCGCCGCAUAGUCUUGACGGCAUAUCGAGAUACUGUUAUCCUUCCUCGAUUUGAUACGCUGAAAACAAUCUUCUCACGGCUAUCCCUGGACUCGAUAUCGUUGUCGCUGCCAGCAGCUGAUAUUCUUUCAACCUCGCCAGAUUCCUUCUCUGGUGGUCGUCCCUCCACCGCGAUGUCUCUAGACCCAGCACAUGCAUCAUAUGGUUCCCACACUACAACUCUUCUUGGAUCUGGCAGCUCAGGUGAUGGAAGUGGUAACAGAAGCCGAGCAAUAAGCAAUGUAUCUUAUGGCUCUGAGCCGUCUGCCUCCUCAGGUUUGGGUAUUGCAGGUCUUCCACCACCUCCGCAAAGACCAUUCACGCCAUCCUCUACACAUCCACAACAUCCGUUGAACAGAGGACAAAGAGCACAGACAGUCGAAGACAGCGGAAAGCAACUCACUGAGACAGUAGGUAGAAUGCUCCAGUGUAUGAGUGUCCUUGCUUCCGUCGGUGUUGAUGGAGGUGGGGAUGAGAGCAACCAGAAGAAGAUGGAGGAGCUCACCAGAGGACUAAAACUGAACUGGCUAGGCAGAGGACGAAUGGGAAGAGAUAGACGAGGUCUAGUGGGUGCACGGGUUCCCUUUGUUGGAGGGAACUCGAGGGUUGAAGGGACAGUGGCUUGA